CAUACACAAAAUGGCCUCAGUUUCAAAAGUUCCUCUAGUAUGGAUAGACUGUGAGAUGACUGGCUUGGACACCAGCAAAGAUACCAUCAUGUCUCUUGCUGCAUUUGUCACCGAUGCAGACCUGAACAUACUCGACGAAGAGGGUUACGAAGCCAUCAUCCACCACGAGAAAGAGCAACUUGAUCAGAUGGGCGAGUGGUGCACAAGACACCACGGCGAAUCUGGACUGACGCAGGCUUGUCUGGACGCAACUAUCACUGCAGAAGUGGCUGCUGAAGGCCUGCUGCAGUACAUCAAGCGGUUUGCGCCAGAGCGCCGUACUGCACUCAUUGCUGGCAACUCUAUCCAUGCCGAUAGAGGGUUCCUUGUGCUGCCACCGUACAAACCAAUCAUCGAUCAUCUUCACUACAGGAUCUUUGACGUCAGCAGCAUCAAGGAAGCUGCACGAAGGUGGGCGCCGAAAGAGACGUUGAAGAAGAUCCCUAGGAAGCAGAUGCUUCAUGAGGCUCGAGCUGAUAUACUGGAAAGCAUCGAAGAAGCCAGGUUUUAUCGCGAAGCAUUCUUUAUUAAGAAAGAUCCAGAUGCGACGGAACAAAAAUGA